AUGGGAAGCAUUGAAGUUGAAAAUCCUAUACCGUCGUCCCAACGAGUCGAACCUGGCUCAUUCCAAUUACGACUCGCCAACCUCCCUAAAUCUACAGCUGAGAAGUCCAUCGACGCUACAAAGAUUGCUUCAGAUUUCGUUGAUCGCUUUAAUCAAACAAUCAACUCUGCUGACGUUUCAUCACUUUCUACGCUCUUCCUGGAAGAAUCAUAUUGGCGCGAUCAACUGUGUCUUUCAUGGGACUUUCACACUCUCCAUGGCCCUUCCAAAAUUCUUGAAUUGUUCAGUAAAACAAACGGCUCACGCUUAAAAUCCAUCGCACUUGAUUCAAGCUCAGAAUUUCGAUCACCAAAAUUAACGCCGCUUGACGUUGAUAGAAAGACGAAUGUCAUUCAGGCUUUCAUAAAGGUCGAGACGGAUGUUGGUAAGGGGGCUGGAAUUGCUAGAUUAGUAAAUGACGAUGGAACGUGGAAAGUAUUUACGCUCUAUACUUUCCUGGAAAACUUGAAUGGCUACGAGGAGAGUGUAGGAAAGAAGAGGCCUUAUGGUGUGAAACAUGGAGAGAAGACGGAGAAAGAAAAUUGGCUGGAUAGAAGAAAUCUUGAGAAAGAUUUUGGUAAUGGAAUUGAGCCGACGGUAUUGAUUCUUGGUGCUGGACAAGGUGGCUUGACAGUAGCAGCAAGACUAAAAAUGCUUGGUGUUACAUCACUCAUCGUUGAUCGAGAAGAACGAAUCGGUGAUAAUUGGAGAACAAGAUAUCAUCAACUGGUUCUUCAUGAUCCUGUUUGGUUUGAUCAUCUCCCAUAUCUACCCUUCCCUGAGAAUUGGCCAGUAUUUACUCCCAAGGAUAAAUUAGGGGAUUGGUUUGAAGCGUAUGUGAGUUUAUUAGAACUUAAUGCUUGGACUCAAACUACCAUUACCACCACUUCAUGGAGUGAUCAAACCAAGCAAUGGAUAGUCACUCUAGAAAGGACCAGAAAUGGACAGAAGGAAAUGAGGAUUGUUCAUCCAAAACACAUCAUACAAGCAACCGGUGCAAGUGGAGAGCCAAACUUUCCUUCUCAUAUCAAGGGAAUCGACACCUUCAAAGGUCGAGUCGUUCAUUCAUCCAAAUUCCCUGGAGCAACUGAAUCUCGUGGUCAAAAUAAAAAAGCAAUUGUGGUUGGUUGUUGUAAUUCUGGUCAUGACAUUGCUCAGGAUUUAUAUGAACAUGGCUAUGAAGUAACCAUUGUUCAAAGAUCAACUACAUAUGUCAUUGGCACGGAAACAAGUGCGGAUGCUCAAUCAAGUCUUUACGGAGAAAAUGGCAUUUCGACUUUUGAUGCCGAUAUGGUCUUUCACAGCAUGCCGAAUCCGGUACUCAAGAAGUUGAAUGUUGAAGGUACCAAGCAAGUGGCCAAGAUUGAUGAGAAAUUACUUCAAGGUCUCGAAAAGGCUGGAUUCAAACUUGACAAAGGACCAGAUGGAGCAGGUCUUUGGAUCAAAUAUCUUCAACGCGGUGGUGGCUAUUAUAUGGAUGUUGGAUGUUCUCAACUUAUCAUCGAUGGGAAAAUUAAAGUCAAGCAAGGUCAAGAAAUCACGGGAAUCAGAGAAAAUGGUAUGGAGUUUGCAGAUGGGUCAUUAAUCGAAGCAGACGAAAUUGUAUUCGCAACAGGAUACCUGAAUAUGAGAACACAAUGCAGGAAAAUCUUUGGAGAUGAAGUGGCGGAUAGAGUUAAGGAUGUUUGGGGAUUUGACGAAGAAGGAGAAGUUAGAACUAUCUGGAGGAAGACUGGUCAUGAAGGAUUUUGGUUUAUGGGUGGAAAUUUGGCUUUGUGUAGAUGGCAGAGUAAGAGGUUGGCGUUAUUGAUUAAGGGAUUGGUGGAGGGUAUAACGAAGUAUGAUGAUAUUUGA